GCGUGCUCUCCACAUACACCGCUAAUCCCUGGAUCCUCUGAGUAGGACCAUGAUUUCUGGGACGGUGUUGCCAGGGGAAAGGUGGUGCCCAGGACCUGUUGGAAAUGACAGCUGAGGAAAGCGGAUUGAAGCGAAGGCAUCACAAUAACAUUAAAGAUAGAAGAUAGCGAAGAGAGUCCCUCGCGUCAGCGUGUAACGGGGUUGUAGAGAUGGAGUCCCUGAUGAGCGCGGUGACUCCACGCUCCCCAGCACCCGCCAAGAAACUUUCUGAGGUGGACUUCCGCUCAGGGGCAACCCUGGAGCAGCUGUCGGCACAGGUAUCUGAACUGGUACUGCUGGAGCAGGGGGAGUUUGGAGACCAGACCGCCUUAGAGGUCCACACUGCCAAGGACUUCAUUUUCAACAUGCUAGGCUUAGUUCAGAAAGUGGACCAGCGCCUCCCGGUGGCCAACGAGUACCUGCUGCUCUCUGGCGGGGCCCGUGAGGGCGUCUUGGACCUCAACCCCGAGGAUCUUGGGGACUACGCCAAAGGGGCCGACUUUGACCUGGACUUCACCCUGUUGGUGCCCGCCCUUAAGCUUCACGACCGGAACCAGCCAGUCACUCUGGACAUGAGACACUCCCCGCCCUGCCACUCAUGGCUCAGCCUUCGCCUCUGUGACUCCAGCAUCCUGUCCCGCUGGAGCAUCUGCUGCCAGGAGGAGAAUGGGCAUCCCACUGAGGAAGAGGAGGAGGAGGAGGAGGAAAUGGGUAAAGGCUCCAUCCCCUCCCUGGGCUCCCCUCAGUCUCUGGAUGGAUGCUACUUCUCUCCCGCCCUGGUGACGGACUGGUUCUGGGGGGUCGUGAGUGAGGCUGUAGAGGAGCUGAGGCGCAGCCCCCAAAGAGGCAUCCCCACCCCAGACCGCCUGGAGAGAAACGGACCCCUCACUACUAUUAUCCUGCAGGCAGGCUCGAGCCGGGUGCUGUACGACCUUCUGCCGGUGGUGUCGUUUCGAGGCUGGCCCGCUGUGGCCCAAGGCUGGCUGACUGCCAACCACUUCUGGGAUGGUAAAAUCACAGAGGAGGAGGCCAUAUCUGGCUUCUAUCUGCUGCCCUGCUGCUCCCCGCUGGGUGGUCGGCCCGACAGGGAGUGGAGACUGGCGUUCUCACGCAGCGAGGUUCAGCUGAAGAAGUGCAUCCCCUUCCCCAUGGCCCAGGCGUUCCAAGCAGCCAAGGCCGUCCUAUCUCGUAUCCUGGCCCGUCCACGAACAGGCCUCAGCCUCUACCACCUGCGCACCCUUCUCUUCUGGGCCUGUGACCGACUUCCUGCUGCCUACCUGUCCUGCCCGGACACCGACACACCCGGCCGCCUCCUCCUGGGACUCCUGGAUGAUCUGGCUCAUUGCAUCCUGGGUAAAAACUGUCCAAAUUACUUCCUGCCCCAAUGCAACAUGUUGGAGCAUCUGACAGACGGCCAGGCACUCCUUGUCGCCAGGAAAUUGGCCCACGUGCGCUCGGAUCCCAGCGAGCACCUGCGGGCGGCUCUGGACCAAGCCCAGCAGGCGGGCCAGCUGAAGAAGGAGCUGACAGCAAGCACUAACGGCCACAACUCCCCCGGGCAUCACUCGGCCAACGGCAUCAUCUCACCUUCAGAGGACAAGCUGGCGCAGCGGCUCCAGCAGCUGGUCACAGAGAACCCUGGGAAAUCCAUAUCCGUCUUCCUCAACCCCGAUGAUGUCACCAGGCCACACUUCCGCAUCGAUGACAAGUUCUACUGACGCAGACACGCUGCAGGGAAGACGUAUGGAAUUAGGUGUGUUUAGCUAACAAACACACUGAAGAACGCUGUGCACACGCUCCUGUUUGACCAUCCUACGGCGAUGAAGCCGUGCUGCUCGACUGACUCUUUAAACCAAAAACACUCAUUUCUCACUACUGAAAAAAACGAAACAAAAAACGUCCAGUUUACACGACGUUGCAUAAUGGACAUGAUGUCACCAAGCUGUUGCCACGGAGAUGGCCCUCUCUUAACGAGCUGGCCUUAACAAGACUUAUCAGCUGGUGCUGAAGACAAGGGCCGGGCUUUAGUCACGAAAAAUAAGUCCAGUGGAGAUGAACACAAAGUGUGUGUGUGUGUGUGUGUGU